UUUAGUUUUUAUUAUAAGUUAAUUUUUAGUAAUAUUUCGCUGAUUUGUUUUGUGAACUUACUAACCGGUUCCUGAAAAUUGCUUUGGAGUGAGACAUCUCUACUCUUGCCUCUUUAUUCCCCUCUCUGACGUCACGUCCAGAAGAAGCUACGCGCCGCUGCGCUCAUGUCUCCCCAGCAUAAUCGUCUUGUUUUAGGCAAAAACUCUCCGGUUUUAUGACGGCCCGCUCUCGGUGUGUCUCGCCCCGGGCAGAGCGGAUGUUCCGGCUGUGGUUCCAAGCCGCGGCCGUCGUUUGGCUCGCCCGCGGCUCGGCGGGAGGCUCAGCCCGGCUGUACACGGAGGAGGACCCGCUGGUGAUCCUGAGCGGCAGCACCCUGAAGCCCACGGUCACCAACUCCUCCUCGGCCUGGUUGGUCCAGUUUUACUCGUCCUGGUGCGGACACUGCAUCCAGUACUCCAGCACAUGGAAGGCUCUGGCACAGGACGUGAAAGACUGGCAGGAGGCCAUCAGUGUGGCCGUGUUGGACUGCGCUCAGGAGGACAACUUCCAGGUGUGCAAAGAGUUCAGCAUCAUGUUUUACCCCACCUUCAAGUAUUUUCGGGCUCACAGUUUGUCCACAGACAGAGGAACCAUUCACAGAGUUCUGCAGAGCUCCUCCCCCUGCUGGGUCAAAGGUCAGAGCACUACACCGCCAUCAUCGUGGAGGAACCGGACUCGUAUGUCGGCCGUGAGGUGAUCCUGGACCUGUUGCAGUUCUCAGGUGUGCAGGUGAGACGAGCGCUGAGCUCAGAUCGCCCUUUGCUGGACGCCCUGAACAUCGCAGCCUUUCCCUCCAUCUACUUGCUGCACCCCAGUGGGAAGCAUGCACACCUGCACAGCGAGAAGCCUCAGCGUUUCUUCUUCUCCUCUCUGCUCCGGACCCUGCCGGGAGUGCAGCGCCGCCGCAGCUCUGCGCUCACUCAGAAGGGGACGCUGCAGGACAAGGAGACCCCGGAGCCGUGGAGGGACUUCGACAGGUCCAGGGUGUACACAGCUGAUCUGGAGUCGGCGCUCCACUACCUGCUGAGAGUCGAGCUCGCCGCCCACGCCACGCUUCAGGGGGAGGAGCUAAAGGUCUUCAAGGACUUUGUCACUUUGGUUGCCAAGCUGUAUCCAGGUGGAGGCUCGGUGGUCAAGCUGAUGGAGACGCUCUCUGAUUGGCUGCUCAGUCUGCCGCUGGAGCAGAUCCCCUACCAGGCUGUCCUGGACCUGGUGGACAACAAGAUGACGAUCUCAGGUGUGUUCCUGGGGGCGGAGCUUCGCUGGGUCGGUUGCCAGGCCAGCAGACCCGGUCUUCGAGGUUACCCGUGCUCCCUCUGGACUCUGUUUCAUGUUCUGACCGUUCAGCACGAUGCCACGCCCACAGCGCUGGACAACACAGGUCUGGAGGGCGAGGCGGCUCCAGUGCUUCAGGUGAUGCGUCGCUACAUUCGGACCUUCUUCGGCUGUAAGGAGUGCGGGCGACACUUUGAGCAGGCGGCAGCGGCGGCGGCGGCAGGCGUGGACGAGGUGAAGAGCCGCGAGCAGCAGAUCCUGUGGCUGUGGAACCAACACAACCGGGUCAACACCAGACUGUCCGGCGCUCUGAGCGACGACCCCCUCUUCCCUAAAGCGCCGUGGCCAAGCCCCGCCCUCUGCCCCUCCUGCCACGAGGAGACGAACGGCGUCCACACCUGGAACCAAGACAACGUUCUCCGUUUUCUCCGGCAUCACUACGGCGCCUCCAACCUGUCCCCCAAAUACUCCCUGACUCCUCCUCUGGUCCCCGCCGCCCCUCCUGAUCUGGUCCUGACCGCCCAGCCUCUGGUGGAGCACCGAGCAACAACACGAGGAGGAGGAGGAGGAGGAGGAGGAGGAGGAGGAGAGGGGAGGAAGGCUGAGGAGCAGCCAGAACCACCACCCGGACACCUGGCUCAGAGGGUGCAGGAGGAACAGGAAGUUGCGGCGCGGCGAGGUGGGCACACAGGAAGUGGGGUUUGGAUCCUGGGUCUGGGUUUUAACAGCGUGGACAUGAGUCUGUGUGUGGUCCUGUACGUGUGCUCCUGCCUCAUCCUCAUGCUCCUCUUCUUCUUCUUCAAAGUGCGAUCCCGCAGGUGGAAGCUCCGACACUCCCGCCUCUACGUCUGACCCCCGUCAGAGGGGGGCGGUCCACGUUAGAGCCGUUAAAACUGACCCGGGUCAGAGCGGUCCGGGUCUGACCUACUAAAGAUGUGAAGGAUUCUGUUAAGCUGCUCUGACUCCUCAGCUCUACGAUGAAUCAGAUGAUCAGUGUGGUUUUAACGAUGAAACAUGAAAACAACGAUUUAUUUUCUGUUUUUAUUUUGUGACGAAAAGUUUAAUGAAGGAAAAUCUUUUCAUGUUUAAACUUUGUUUUUAUGUUUGGUUCAAACAACCGUUUAUUCAGUCUGAAACUCCAGAACCAUUCAGUACAUGGGUGCUGCUGCACAGCCAAAAUGUUAGCCUAGCCUAGCCUAGCUUAGCUUAGCAUUGACACAGUUACACAGUCAGUGCUGGACAAAAAAGAAAAAAAUCAUAUUUUUUUACAGUUUAAUCAUCUUGAACCAGGUGAGUCACAGAUCUUUAAAUAAUUUAUAAUUUAUUUUCGUCACAGAACCAUAGAACCAGUUUUUUAUCUGUACCGGACCAGAACUGAACCCGUUUAACCACUUCAGGACUUUGUGACUCCAACCGGUUUCUGUAUUUAAUUGUUUUUUACAUUUCUUGUCUUUUUUUGAAGACGAGUCCCAACAUGAACAGAACCCUGAUCCUGAACCCGGAUCAGCAUCUUAGUCGUGCCAAAAGUUUAACCUGCUGAAAGUCCUCUCAGGCCCCGCCCCCUAUCCUGUUUAUGUCUGUUGUGAGGGGUUCUUUCAGGACCUUUGAGCUGGGUUUCGGGUCAAAACCAGAUCCAGGUGGGUCCCGACCCUGUACAUAAACCAGAACGCGUGUGUUUGAUUGAUUGGUGAAUUAAUGAGACGCCACCUGUUCUUCCGGUGAUUCUGUGUUUUGGCGCCACCUGGUGGCUCAGUGUGAACAUUACUGUUAAAAAAAAAGAAAAGUUAAAAAAUAAACAGCAUUAGAUUUGUUUUUGAGUAAAUGUGAGCAGAGCGUUAUAUUUAUUUGACCAUUGAACUUUAAUUAUUUUAGGUAUACAGUAUUGAUGUUUUCAACAUAAGUGAGGCGUGUUUGUUUUUGGUUUUUUUUUUUUUUGUUUGUUUGUUUGUUUUCUCGGCGGCUCUUCCUGUUCCUCUGCUUCUGCUCCGUGUUUCACUCAGAGUAUAUUUUUAUGAUUAAUUAUCUGAAAUCUUGACGAUAACGUGUGUGAGAAUAAAUCUUGUUGCUUCAGACUCA